AUGGUUAGGGACACGAGGAGUAGAAUGAGUUUGUUUGUUGCCGGGUUAGAACAUAUAUCAAGAAAAAAGGUUGACGAAACAAUGCUCAUUGGGGAUAAGGAAAUUUCAAGGCUGAUGAUCUAUGUGAAACAGGUAGAGAAAGAAAAGUUGAGAGAUAGAGAGGAGUUUAAGCACAAGAGGGCUAAGACAGGGAAUGAGUUUGGGCAGCAGAAGAGUAAUGACAACCGGGUAGUGUGGCGCAAGGGGGAAAUAAGCCUCCUGCUUGCGAAAAGUGUGAUCCCAAUAUUUAUCCGUUUCUCCACCAAAGAGGGUGCAUCUAGAGGAUCUACUUCCGGUACUAGCGGAGGAACAAACCUCUUGUAUGCUCUCAAUAAUUGCGAAGAGCAAGAGGAUUUGCCAGAUGUUGGCACUGCUCUAGCUGAGAGAGUUUAUCGUGAUUAUCUUGUUUCUGUCAAUCGCAAGAGUACUAUGACUGAUUUAAUUGAGUUAGACAUGGUAGACUUUGAUGUCAUUCUUGGUAUGGACUGGCUUGAUGAGUUAUAG